GAACAGACAGACCUACUUGAUUCGAUAGUGUCGUCUGCUGGUUUCAUGAUAUUUGAUUGGGGAAUGUUUUUGACCUUACAUAUUUAAAGUGUCUGUGAAGCAGAAGCACUACUAUUUGAUAUUUUUAUAUAACAACAAUUAAUUGUUAUUUCACAGUAUCUAAAUAUCAAAUAAUCUAUUAAAAUGGCUUCUCGUUCGCUUGUAAACUAUAUGUUAAAGUCGAAAACAAUAAUUCCUCAACUUCAUCGAGGGGCAACGUCUAUGUCUGCUUUCGAAAUUCAACAUAAAACACCAACAAUUAAAAAAGUUAUGCCAAUUCCAAAAGCUCACUAUGGUGGGCGGCACACUGUAACUAUUUUACCUGGAGCUGGAAUCGGUCCAGAAUUAAUGGGUUAUGUAAAAGAGGUGUUUACUUUUGCCGGAGUUCCAGUAGACUUUGAAGACAUCGACAUCGAUCCAAAUGCUGACAAUAAUGAUGAUUUGUAUUAUGCCAUAACGUCUAUUCGUAGAAAUGGAGUGGCUCUCAAAGGAAAUAUAGAAACGAGAAGUAAAGAAGCGAGUGUUCUUUCUCGAAAUGUUGCAUUACGUAAUGAAUUAGAUUUGUAUGUUAACGUACUGCAUUGUGUAUCAUACAAAGGUGUUCGAUCACGACAACAAAAUAUAGAUAUUGUAAUAAUUAGACAAAAUACAGAAGGAGAAUACGCCAUGUUGGAGCAUGAAAGUGCUGAUGGCGUGGUGGAAAGCAUGAAAGUUAUUACUAAAUCAAAUUCAGAGAGAGUCGCUCGUUACGCUUUUGAAUAUGCUAAACGUAAUAAUAGGAAAAAAAUCACCUCCGUUCAUAAAGCUAAUAUAAUGAAACUUUCAGAUGGUUUAUUUUUAGAAACUUCUCGUAGAGUAGCCAAGGACUAUCCAGACAUUCAGUUUAAUGAUAUGAUUAUUGAUAAUACGUGCAUGCAACUUGUGUCUAAUCCUCAUCAGUUUGACGUUGUCUUGACAACAAAUUUAUAUGGAGCUAUAGUCUCAAAUGUAGUUUGCGGUUUGUUGGGUGGAGCAGGGCUUCUAGCGGGAAAGAAUUAUGGAAAUCAUUAUACAAUAUUCGAACCAGGUACUCGUAAUACGGGUAAAAAAAUUGCGGGCAAAAAUGUCGCGAAUCCAAUUGCUAUGUUAAAUGCGGCUGUUGAUAUGUUACGUCAUCUAGGACAUAAAGAACACGCAAUUUUAAUUCAGAAUGCGAUCAACAAAACAGUUAAUGAAGGUGUUCACACAGCAGAUCUUGGCGGAUCUGCUACAAGUAGAGAUGUCAUUGAUAAUAUUAAGAAACACAUUAAAAUUGCUUCAAUAUAGAAAGACUACAAAUAUUAGAAUUUUGCAGAAUUUAAAUAGUAUGCUCUAUGUAUAGUGUUACUUUCAUUAAUUUAACAAAAAAUGUUGAUUACAUUCUUUUCACUAACCAUUGUAAACUUAAUAUUAUUAUUAAUUUAAAGAUAUUUUUAGGCCAAUUAAAUUAUUAUAUUAAAAAACCACAAAAAACAUCCAUCUAAUUAAUCUUUUUAUUAAUUUUUUCGAACUUAUAAAAACCUGUGUCAUUUUUGUAAUAUUUUAAGCAAACAUUGUUUCAAUUUUUCAAGUCAUAUUUUAUUUUGACAGCUUUUAUUAAUCUUUAAAUUAUUAAUCAAAAACUGCUUUCUGACAAAAUUUUUGAGAUAGAAAUUCAUCAAUUGCUGAAUAAAAGAAAUGAUAGAGAAACACUAUUAUUAGCUGACAGGAAAUUAAAUAAAAUGUCUAAUUUAUUUCAAAGAGCUAUAAUUAUGAAAAAGAGUAAAAGUUCUUUAAAACAAACUGUAUAUAUAUAUUAUAAUAUAUUUAUCUUGUUGUUAGUUGAAAAGAUCUUUUUUUUUACCUAAUAUUACAUGAAAAAAACCAUUGUGAUACCUGUAAACAAAGUUGAAUAAACUGUAUAAAUAAAUAAAUAAACAUAAAGUAUACUUACA